AUGCAAUUAAACUACUCUUCAAAAUUGGCUUUUAUAGCCACAAUUUUGUUUUGUUGUGGAACAAUUAUAACAGAAGCCCGUCGUGUCACUUUACGCCCCCUAAAACCCGAUGAAGUCUAUAGGAUACUGAAAGAAGCCGGUCGGGAAGAUGCCAUUCCUGAAGGUCGCGUUGUUACCCAAGCUAUAUCAGCCAUCUCAGGUUUUGGUGUCGGCGUUGCUAGCGGUGUUGGUGGUGCCAUUAUCUAUGAUUUGAUAACACAACCCAAUGAAACGAUGGCAUGGUUAAAUGGUCUCUUUGGUAUGAAUGGUGGAAGCUCGUCAGGUUCAUCACAAACUCCUUCAACACAAGAAAUUUGUUUCAAGACGCGUAGCAUGGAUUAUGGCGAUGAUGAAAAUAUAGCAGGAAGACAAAUGGCAACAACAUCUCCUACGUCAAGCUCUCCUACUGGAACAAGCCCUACUGCAAUGUCUCCUACUGGAACGUCACCCACGACAAUGCCAACAACAGAUGUUGGUAGUGACACCACAUGCAUUGUCGUGCAAAAAGGUGGCGCUAGACAUCGCAAAAGACGUGAAGCGAUCCUGCAACAACUUGAAGAGAGAUACAAAGAUUUGAUUUAA